AUGACAGCCUUUCUUCGUGUGGAAGGCACAAAGAUUGUCUCAGAGGAUGGCAAACCAGUUGUACUUCGUGGAGCUGCCAGUGGAGGUCACCUCAACAUGGAAAAUUUCAUCACGGGUUAUCCUGGGCACGAAACUCAGCAUAAGGAAGCCAUGCUGAAGGUCAUGGGCCAGGAGAAGUAUGACUUUUUCUGGGACCGAUUCUAUGACUAUUUCUGGACCGACAAGGACUCGGAGUUUUUUGCUGCCUGUAAUCUCAACUGUCUCCGCAUUCCUUUUAACCAUCGCCACUUUCUCGAUGACAAGGAUCUGACGAAAAUCAAUCCCAAUGGGUUCAAGCUUCUUGACCGCAUCGUGGAAAGCUGUGCCCGCUUCGGCAUCUAUACCGUUUUGGAUCUCCACACUGUGCCCGGUGGACAGAACCAGGAUUGGCAUUCCGAUAACCCAACCCAUAUCGCUCAGUUCUGGGACUAUGGGCACUUCCAAGAUACCAUCAUCAAUCUCUGGAAACACAUCGCAGCGCACUACAAAGAAAAUUCUUGGGUGGCUGGAUACAACCCUCUGAAUGAGCCUGCGGACCCGAAACAUACCCGACUCAUCGACUUCUACACUCGGAUUGAAAAGGAAAUCCGAUCUGUUGAUGACAAGCACAUUCUUUUCCUUGAUGGAAACACAUAUGCCGCUGAUUUCAACUACUUCCCUCAGAAGCCUUUCCCAAACUCGGUAUAUUCGAUUCAUGAUUAUUCGAAGUUUGGUUUCCCCAUGUGUGAAGAGAAAUACACCAGCACAGACGCACAAAAAGCCAGGCUCCAUGCCUCGUACGAACGCAAGAUUUCACACAUGAAACAGGUCGGAGUGCCCGUAUGGAACGGCGAAUGGGGCCCAGUUUAUUCGUCUACCAUGCGCAACGACACCGAUAUUGAGGCGACCAAUGCAUCUCGCUACCUUGUGUUACGUGACCAGUUAGAAAUAUACAAAAAGGGAGACCCCUCGGGGGAUAAUGCUCCAAUCUCAUGGUCCAUCUGGCUCUACAAGGACAUUGGCUAUCAGGGAUUGACUUUUAUCUCCCCAAACUCUAAGUGGUAUCGUCACCUGCAGCCCUGGCUUACCAAGAAGAAAUCCCUCGGGCUGGAUCGAUGGGGGCGCAACGCCGAUCCUGAAAUUGAAAAGAUAUAUACAGCAGUGAAGGACCAUUUCGACACAGCAAUCCUCCCAAAACACAAAAAGGUACUAUACCCGCCUACAUGGGGAACGAGUGAUUGGGUCGACCGUGUUCUUCGUGAUGUUCUGCUGUCUGAGUACCUUGCAUUGGAAUUUGCAGAGUAUUUUCGCGAUUUAUCUUUCGAGGAAUUGGAUGAGCUUGCAGGUUCAUUCAAGUUUGAGAAUGUGAAGCAUCGAGAUGAGCUGAUCCACCAUCUCAAAAAUUGGAUAUAA